UUUUAAAUGGAGGGAAAAACCAAGACGCUUUUUGUAGGAGAGUUCGGAGCGAAGAUAAAUUUCCAAAUUGAUCACCGCUCAGCAAUGACUAGCCUUAAGAACCACUUGUUACGUGAAGAUUUCACGAUUUCGAAGGAAGAUAAGUUAAUGCUCCUAGAUUUGGAUGAAUGCAAAGAGAUUAGAGAGUCUAGUAUCGAAGAUUCUGGCAGUAAAAUCGUCGUAUUCAAUCAAAGUUACGCUACAGUGGAGGAUAUCAAGGAGCUCUAUCUUUCCAAAUACUUUAAAAUCCAUGAAUUAACCCUUGAAGAAGCCAAAGAUAAGAACAUUUUGGAUGAGAUCAUGGAAGAUAAAUGGAACUUUAAACCUCUACUCAGCCUUAAGGAAGACAUUGAUAUUCCGAAGGUGCAACAAUUCGAAGAGCAUAUGUUCCAGAUUUACAAUGCAUGCCUUGACUCUUUCAUCAGUUUGAGGUCUAAACAGGACUGGAGUCGCAAGGCAAUGGAGGAGAUCAAACUUCAAGAAAUUUGUUCCAAUCUGUUAAGAAAUUACUCGAACAGCCUAAAGGAAAGUAUCCAAGAAGACUCUUCCAAGCAGUUGGUUGAUCAAUUCAAAUCAACAAUUCAGAGAUGUAAUGAAAUUUUGAUCAAGUUUGAAGCUGCAAACAGGCAUAACAAGGAAACACUUCUUCAUGAUGCUCUACAGAGGGAAGGAAUGACAUACCUCUCUGAUAUUUAUAUCAAAGAGCAAGAAAUGAUCAAAUUUAGGGAUGCUAGAAGAGAAGAUCUUAAAUAAAGUCAAAGACCAGGUGAAAGCUUUCGAAGAAACAAUAGAAUCUUGCGAUGCCAACCAGAGCUUAUCAUCAUUAGAUCUCGGUGAUGAAGAGAUGGGAGAAGCUGCCUCUCUUCAGGAGCAUUCCAGUAGUAUUCAAGACUUAUUUUACGCAACAUGGAGUAUUGUAUCAGGUAUGGGUAUGGAUAUAAAGAUGUUCCAUAAAAACCUGAACAUAAUGGAGUCAAUUACUUCAACAGAUGAUGAUAAAUACGAGGCUCAGAUUUUUCUCUCGAAUUACGAGAGUCACCAGAACAAGUUGGACCAAUAUAUGGAGCUAAAGAGCACUAUGGAAGAGCAUCACCAGAAGAUGGACAACUUUAUUGAAAGCUGUAAGCAGAUGCAGAUCGGAAAUGCAGAGAAAAUAGUGAGGAUGGUGGAAAAAUUAGUCUCUAAAACAGCAAACUCAAUUUCUUACAAAACCCAAAAGCUGAUAGUAAACUGUAAAGAUCUUGAAAAGAGCUGUAAAUAUCUUCUCAGAACGGCAGAUCUGCCUGAGAUCCAUGAGAAAAUCGUCAAAGAGUUUGGCAGAAGGUACUGAUUUGAGCAUUACUUGAGACCAAAGGAGAAACAACUUUCCAGGAUGAUUGCAAGUGAGAACUCCAAGCGUCAUAAAUUCAUCACUGAAGUGGGAGAAUCCUUACCUGAGAACCCUCUUACAUCGCUACUCAAGAGUGACAGGAUCAAUAUGAAAAUUGAGAGAAGCCAAGAUGUUCCAUUAGUCACAGAUGUUGAGACCGAAGAAAUCCAAAUCUUGCAAGAAGAGAUGGAUAAGGAGCUUAAACAAGAGAAGAAGAUGUCUAUUCUCCAGGACGAGAUGAAACUACUCAAAGCUCAGCUCAGACUCAAAGAGCAAGAGAUAAUCCAACUGAGGAACCAAAAGUCAGAGGAAUUUGAAAAAAUGAAUACAAUAAAUGAGGGCAAUCUACUGAAGUACAAGAACCUCGUCAGUGACAUCGUUGACGACAGAAGAAGUGCUAUUGAGAAAGCAACCGAAGUUAUUAAGGCUCCCAUCGUGCUUGAGUACUUUGAAGGUAACCUCCAGGAUUCCCAGGAUGUAAUAAUGGGCCUUAAAAACACUAUUUCUAAUAAGAAUGAAACCAUUGAUAACCUUGAGAACAAGAUAGUGGGCCUAAACCAGGUGAUCACAAGUCUGACUUCAACUAACUUCGCUAUGAUGAGUGCAAAGGUUUCAACACAGGAAGCCAAAGUGAAGCACUAUGAGGACCUUUACAAGCAAGAAAUGAGGGACAAGAAGCAGCUUGAGGAUAAUUACAAAGAGGUAGAAAUUCAAAAGCUCAGAGCUGAGAAAGAUCAUAAGAAACUCCUUGAUAGUUACACAGAAGCUUUGAAGGAGUCUCGAUAUUACAAACUGAAGUACCAAAAAGCAGCCCAAGAAAAGAUUGAUAAGAAAGUUCUCGAAGAUUAUGAGAGGAAAAUUAAGAAAGUCAAGAUUGAAAAGGAGUCUUGUGAGAACAGUAUGAAGGAUCUCAUGGCACAAAAUUCUCUCCUCAGAUCCAGCAACCAAACUCUCUGUAUCGAGGUAGAUAAGCUAAAGAAGGAGAAUGAAGAGUCUUUAAGGACUUAUAUCGAACUAGCUAAUCAGUCUAUUGACCAGAAUAUUUCAAAGGAUGAUGAACAGUUUAAGAAGUUGAAGAAGGAGAGAGAAGAAGCACUUGCUGAAAAGAAUGAACUAAAUACAGUAAUUACUGAUCUUCAAUUGGAAAUCAGUGAGUACAAAGAACAGAACGGCAACCUCUUACACAAGUUACAAGAAAGUUAUUCUCAGAAUAAUACAAGUCCCUCUCCAUUGAUCUCAAUGUCUCUAACUCCAGAUGUAACCGUUGGUGAGCUAAAAGUAGGCGACAGAAGAAUAUUCAUCCGCGAUUAUGACUCUGAUUUCCCAAGAUACAUCCCCUUAAUAUUCUCAUCUCAGUCAGAAGACGAAAGUUUCAUUGGUUCGAGCCCUAAGAGGAAGAUCCUAAAGCAGAAGCUGCCACAGAAGAUAUAUCUUGACACAGAGAGUAUCAAGACUAACUUACAGACACUGCUGCAUAAGUUUAAAAUGAUAGUUGUGGGUGAGGUAUCAGCCAUUGAAGAAAUUUACUGUGAAGAGGCGAUAGACGAAUACUCAGUGGCAGAGGGAGAGACCUACACCAGCUGCACAAUCAAGAGCAUCUCUUGCUUAGGAUACGUGAAGAAUAAUGAAUAUGAGUUCUUCUUGUUCCCUGAUGCUGAGUAGUAGAGAUGUUAAGUUUUGAAUUUUGAUAAUAGUUGUU